AAAGGUCAACAAUGGCAGAUCUGCUAGAGAUUGAUUGGAUAUGAAUGCCCUAUUUGUCCACCUCCUUUCCCAAGUCUCAACUCCACAACAGCCCACUCUUUGAGUUCAGAAGAUGAAGCCAGCCGAAGAUAUCGUCAUGCUUCUUUGCCUCCUCUUCUUCCUCCCGGAGAUUCACGCACUCAAACUCUGCACCGAUUCAAUGGCGCCCGUGACUCGGACGACGCCUUUAGCUUUCUGCGGGUACACUGGCAGCAGCUGCUGCAACGCCACCGACGACGGUGACCUCCGGCGGCAGUUCGAGUCCAUGAACAUCUCCGACUUGGCAUGCGCCGCCUUUAUGAGAUCGAUCGUCUGCGCGAGAUGUGAUCCAUACUCCGCUGAAUUGUUUGGUACGGGUCCGACACUCGCUACAGUUCCUAAUCUAUGCAACUCUACCGUCUCAUCAUCAGCAGCCUCUUCACUGGCCAGCGUCUCCGACCAAAACUUCUGUAAACAAGUUUGGGAUUCCUGCAAUAAUGUUUCGAUGCAGAAUUCUCCAUUUGCUGAACCUGAACUACCGGCGUCGUCAUCUCGACUCGCCGAUGUCUGGCAUUCCGAAUCAGACUUUUGUGAAGCGUUCGGAGGUUCAUUGGGUGACAGCAUUCUAUGCUUCGAUGGUAACUCGACCUCAUUCAGUAGCAGCACGGCCUCACCCAUCCCCGGAGGUAUUUGUCUUGAGAGAAUCGGCAACGGAUCUUACCUGAACAUGGUUGCCCACCCCGAUGGCUCCGAUCGCGUUUUCGUAUCAAAUCAGGCUGGCAAAGUAUGGUUGGCAAGUGUCCCUGAACAAGGAUCAGGAGGAACAUUGGAGAUUGACGAGUCCGACCCUUUUCUUGAUUUAACUGAUUUAGUCCACUGCGACACUCAAUUUGGGCUUAUGGGACUGGCAUUCCACCCAAACUUUACGACGAAUGGUCGGUUUUUCGUUUCGUACAACUGCGAUAAGCUUCAAUCCACAAGCUGUUCUGGAAGAUGUUCCUGCAAUUCUGAUGUAGGAUGUGAUCCUUCAGACCUCGGUAGGGACAAUGGUGCCCAACCAUGUCAAUAUCAGGUGGUUGUGUCUGAAUUCACUGCCAAUAGUUCCUCAACCACACCUUCCACAGCAACUAGUGCCAGUCCUUUAGAAGUAAGGAGGAUCUUCACUAUGGGCCUUCCUUAUACAAGUCACCAUGGUGGGCAAAUUCUAUUUGGACCAGCAGAUGGCUAUCUGUAUUUAAUGAUGGGAGAUGGUGGAAACAGAGGAGACCCCUUCAACUUUGCUCAGAACAAGAAAUCUUUGCUUGGGAAAAUUAUGCGACUCGACAUAAACACCAUCCAAAGCGAGAGUCAAAUAAAUGAUCUUGGUCUGUGGGGAAAUUACUCCAUUCCAGACGAUAAUCCUUACACUGUCGAUGGCGAAUUACAACCUGAGAUAUGGGCCUUGGGUCUACGGAAUCCAUGGAGAUGCAGUUUCGAUAUAGAAAGACCUUCCUAUUUCUUCUGUGCAGAUGUUGGCCAGGAGGUGUGUGAAGAGGUAGAUUUGAUUACAAAGGGAGGAAACUAUGGAUGGCGUGUCUACGAAGGUCCUAAUUUGUAUACUCCACCUUGGUCUCCCAGAGGCAACACUUCACUCAGCUCCAUAAAUCCAAUCUUCCCCGUCGUGGGUUACACGCACUCCGAAAUAAACACGACGAUGGGCUCUGCAUCGAUCGCCGGCGGUUAUGUGUACAGGUCCACGACAGACCCAUGCUUGCAUGGAAGGUACUUGUACGCGGAUCUUUAUGGUGGAGCUAUUUGGGCAGCCACAGAGAACCCUGAGAACAGUGGAAACUUCACCAGCACUUUGAUUCCUUUCGGCUGCACCAACAACUCUCCAUUACCGUGCGAUGCCGUCGCCGGAAGUGCUCUUCCCAGCUUAGGGUACGUAUAUUCGUUUGGGGAAGACAACAGAAAGGACGUCUUCCUGUUAAGCAGCAAUGGUGUGUACAGAAUCGUUCCCCCGAGCCACUGCAACUAUACUUGCCCGUCGGAGGACACAACCGACGCAGGGAGUUCAACUACCGGCCAGUCUUCAUCUGCAUGCCGAACUGGGGGGUUGCUGGGGAGACUGGUGAUGAUGCUGCUUGUGCUGCUCUGGUGUUUGAUUUAGGAGAAGAUUAUGCCGAGUGAGUGAGGCUGUCCAUAAUGCUGCGAUCAUAUGGAAAUUUCGGCGAUUAUCCAACGCCAUUUCAUGGAUUUGAUCAUCUCUGAAGCAAUCCCACCGCUUUGAGUGCUUCUUCUGUAUCCUGCUUGCGUGCUUUCUUCUGGAUAUUGGCAACUAUAAGGAUAAAAUUGGAUCAUUACAAUUUAGUUUA